GAUGUCUUAUUUCGCAUCUCAAUCGGAAAAAGCUUUUAAAGAGGCUAGAUGUGAAAUACAAAGACUCACUUUUCAAAUGGAAGAACUUUGUAAAAAUUCAGUGGAAGAAAGUGAACGAGAAGAUUUGAAAGCUACAAAACACCAUGUUCGAGAUCCUAUCAUUGUGAAGACGAAAGGUAAUCCGGGUAACUUAAAAGACAAAUUUAAAAAACCAAGGCAUUGUGGGAAAUGUAAGAAAGUAGGACACACUGUUCGAAAAUGCCCAGAGUUCGUCAACACUCACAAUGCAUUUAUCAACAUUGAAGAUUCAAUUGAAGAUAUGGGGGACAUGCAUUCAUUACUAAAUCACAACAUGGAAGGUGGAUCAAGACACGGGACAAAUGAAUUUUCUCAAAAUACAACACUUGGCACAUUUCAGAAUCCAGAAACGAGCUUAAAUGAUUCAUGGCUCGGGUUACAUCCACCAAAUUACUUCACAAACCAAGUCACCAUGAACCACUUUACAUCCGGAAUUUCGGGAGCAAGUUCUACAUAUCAUAACCAAUGAGUUGUACUACAAUGCAAAAAAUUAUGUACAAAAAAAAAAUUUCAACUCUUGAUUGUAUUCUAUACUCUUUUUCUCUUUAUUUUUGCAUGAUUCUGAACUUUAUCUAAUAUUAUAGCUUUCUCACUAUUUUCAUCAUCAAGAAGUAAUUCGAUUGCC